AUGGGAGGGAGGGUGCAACAGAACAAGUGUCUGAAGAACUUUAAAGAAAUUCACAUCUACAAGAUAGCUGGUGAAGAGAUUGAGUUCAACGGCUCUCCCAAUUCUAAAAUAUUCCACUCCAACAGGUCAUUAGAAAGAAUAUGGACAGCCAGGCUGGCUAUUCUCACUCACAGCUCCAGCGCCGGGUUUAAGCCCCGGUAUAAUGAAGCUACGCUUCUAGCAAUGAGGCAUCAUUCGACGGAGAAUGAUUUUAGGAACGAAAGACAUGCGGUGGAGUGGGCGCUUGAGAUUGUGAUGCGGUAA